GUGUGGGCUGAGGGGAGGACUUGAGGAGGAAUAAUUCUGACAGCUGACAGAGCAGUGAAUUGAUUUUUCGAAAAUGUCGUUCGCGGACAAGAUAUCGAUGCUUAUGAAUCGCCCAGGGGGCGACAAUAUCCAAAAAGAUGACGUUCCUUGGUGGAUGCGCUACGCUGGUCGGGGGUUGGGAACAGUUGGCAGUUUCAUUGCCAUAAUCCUGGGACUCAUCAAUUGCACUGGAAUUAUAUUUAUGAAUAUCCAGUGUUUGAUUGCUGGCGUCUGGCAGAUGUUGGCAGGCUUCAUAGUGAUAGUGUGCGAGGCGCCGUGCUGCUGCUUCUUCAUCGACUACGUGCAGACUCUCUCCGAUAGGAUCGAGACACGUCCAUACUGGAAUAAGGCAGCAUUAUAUAUUGGCUUGGCGCUACCUCCGUUCUUCAUGUGCUUCUUCAGCGCGAGCACGUGGUUCGGCAGCGGUCUGAUAUUCGGCACUGGAAUUAUAUACGGAAUGAUGGCGCUAGGAAAGAAGGCGUCGGUAGACGACAUGAGGACGUCGGCUGCCAACCUCGAAGCUGGAAUCGGUCAGCCGACCACCGCCCCGCGCGCCAACCUCGUCACCAACGAGCAGCCCUUCAGCUUCACCGGCCCGCCCGCCAACUGACGCGCGACCACGGACAGCGACCGUUGUGCGAAUGGACUCGACUAUUUCCUUAUUUGUGAGUUGAAUUAUGUUGCUCAUAGGUUUACAUCUCUCCAACGUUAUUUAUUUUGAAGGCGGUCGGGUUAUAAUCCAAAAUAUAAUUAUCGCUUUUCGACCUACAAUGUUUUUUUUUAAUUGAAAUAUUUCAUUGGUAAUCUGUAUUAUAUCUUAAUAAAAUCAUUUUAAAAAUCGUUUUUGAUACAAUAAUAUUUCUCGAAAUUAUGACAAAGUAUGACGUUGGUAUAUAAUUCGUGCGUUCAAUGGUAUUUGUAUAUGUGUGUGUAAUUCGAAUAUGCCAAAAUAUUACGUAAUCGAUAUGGCAGCUUUUGACUUUAUUAUAAAUUAUGGCGCGAAAAGUGUACGCCACGUUCCAAUUUCGUGCUUGUUCCGUUAACAAUCUUUUUAUAUGUGAAUUUUGUAAAACAUAUUUGAAAUAUAUUUAAGAUGAAUGUGUAAUUUUGGGCACACAGCGUAGGACGAAAUUAAAUUAAUUUAUAGUUGCAACAAAAACUCGUAAAUUAAAUCUUAAAACUACUAGUUACAGAUACUACAUCUGAAUUUAUUUUAUUAUUAUUAUUGAUUUAAAUGUAUGGCUUUCGCAUGGUCAGAUUAUGUUUGUGACUUUUGAUUAUAUUCUUAUUCAAAUAAAACAAUUCGACGACACACCCGUGCGAACCUUAAGCCUUAGUGUUCGAAGUAAAAAAAAAGGUUAUAUAUGAAAUUAAAUGAAUAAAAUAAUAAAAAGAUUGUUAACAUUAUAAGACUUAAAUGGAAUGUCAUAUAUGUAUUCAGUCGGCAUUGUUGUUCAAACAUAUCCAGUUUGUUGCUAUCGUUACUUGCGCAUACAUUUCGAUAUUUAUAAUUAAAAAAAAAAUGUAUUUUAUAAAUUAUGUAAUAUAAAUCUGUUGCCGGCUUAGUAACUAUUAUUAAUGUAGGAAAGGCAUGUAGCGUUAAAUACAUUGGGAUCUGACAUAUGAAAAACAAGGAGUUUUGGAGUAACGUCGACAAUUACUAAGAUUAGAGUUAAGAUCAAUUUUAGGUCAACACUACACCUGGUAACCAACAUUACCUGUGAGAAUAUUAUUAUUAAAUUAUUUAUUUAUAGAACACCAAUAAAAUAUGUAAUAAAUCACAAGUAUAAAAACUGGUAUGAAAUAAAGACUAACGUUCUACUUAUAAACGUCGCUUAGCGGCUGUUUAGUUAACUGUUUUGCUCUUUCGAUCAUUAUUGUUUUGACAUUUGAUAGAGGAGGACACAGCAUUUUUUUUAAGUAUAUUAAGUAUAGGCAAUAACUAUAUUUAACAUAACAAAUGCAACAUCUCAAAAUUAAUUUAUGCCCCAUGGCCACAAGGAAGCGCCUACACGCGCAUAGGUUGUUAGAAAAUUCGGUGAUAGAAAGAAUAGUGCAUCUCACUCACAUGAAUGUCGGCCAUGUUAAUUAAGCUCCGCCCAUAAGUCAGAUCCCAAUAGCUCGUUUCAAAGUAAAUUGUGAAAUAUUUUAAAAGUAUAAUUAUUAGAAUGUUUCUAUUUACACAUAUUGUGUACGUGUGUUGUAGGUUAUGUAGAAUCAUAUUCAUGUCACGAUCAUUCGUUAAUAACUGUUAUUUAUAAACACUCAUUACAUUUAUUGAAUGUUUUUUUUUUUCAUAAGAUAUCCUUGUGGGCUUAUUGGGGGUUUUUAGAGAUAUCGAUGGUUUGCCCCGAGUGGAUUCUAGUCUCUUCACAUCUCGCUGGGUUUUGUGUAGAGGUAGCAAUAUCAUAUUAUAUAGUGUAGCAUUUCCGCGACCGACAUACCUGCUAUGAGGACGGUGCAACACGUAUGUCAAGGUGUUCCUUGGUCGUCCGAGAGAAUCUUGAUCCAAUCAUAUUGCUUGUAUAGUGAAGAGUUAAUUACUAGACCCAUACUCCGACGUGGGAGGGUUCGAUUUAGUGGGGCGAUACUACCAUUGUUUGAUUUAAACAGUACUCUUUUCUAUAUAUAAAGAGCUCUGUCCAAGAAACUCAAGUAAUUCGUCCUCCCAAGGUAUCUAGGCCUCUAUAUCCUUGAUCAUAAAUAUAGUAUCAUUAAUAUUGACUUUUAUCAUCAUGUUCAAGAUAAUCGACAAUGGUAUAUAUGACAUGAUAUGUGCUUAUACACAUAUACAUAUGUGUCUAAGCUCUAUGCCAUUAAAUGGUGUGGCGUCCUGGAUUCUAUGGCGUAUUAGUUAGUCGAAAGUAGAGACAUUAGGAGAAUGAUCGCUUGUAGGACGAGUUGAAAAGUUUAUCCUAAGAGACUCCCGCAUAUAAUAUGAAACGAUGACAAAUGUUUAAUAUGAAGGCCUAUAUUUGACUAAAUUCCACAAAUUAAAACUAUAUUAACAAGAAAAUUAUAAAUAUUCUAUAUGCACUAAAAUAUUUCUAGCAAUUGUAUAACGGUUCAUGAUAUUUCUGAAACAAUUUGUGCAGAGCUAAAAUCUAGUUCUUACAUACGUUAGUAUGAAAUAGAAUGAAUUAUAUUAAUAUAAGAUGAAACAAAUAUAAACUAUUUCGAUAAAACUUGAUAUUGAUAUAUAGAAUCGACGCGUGAUUGUGCGUCUUAAAACUUGCGUUCAGUAAUGGACCAAAAUUUUACUAGAUGAAUUAAAUAUUGUUAUAAUUAUUUUGAGUGUAUUUUUCGAAUUCUUAAAAAAUCUUCCGUCGAACACGAAGCGGUAGUUUUGAUUUUAUAACUACAUAUCAUUUUAUUUUUGUUUUAAGUUGCCUAUUUAGUCUUGCAUAAAUAUAGCGACGUUAGAUAGCUAAUUGUAUAUUUAGUAAUAAUCAAUUCUCUUUUCCAUUAACCAUAUUGCAAAUAUAUAAAAAACUUAUAAACUUUUAAAACCGGUUAAAUUGUUAUAAGACAUACGUUAACUAAAUUAAAGUUAUAAUAAAUUAAAAUUUGUAGUUGUAAAAAAUUAUUAAUUAAUAUUAUUUCGGCAUAACAUUCCAUUUGCGUGGUCUCAUUUAUAGUAAAAAUAUUAUUUAUAUUAAUAGCAAAAUUAUUCGAACAUAGGCUAUGAACAGUUGUAGGCGUUGACUGAAUAUUCAUUUAACCAUUAGUUUACUUAAUUUUUUAUCUUAGCAACAUUGUAAACAACGUCAAUUUUGACUGCCUACUUCGAAAAGUUUUUGAACUGUCAUUAGAAUUAAAAUAUUAAAAAGGAUACGUCGUAAUUCCAUUUAACAUAUGUUAGAUUAUGGACUACAUUGAUAAAUAUUACGUUUAUUCUGAUAUUUAUUUUCACUUUUAAUGGCUUAUUUAAAAAAAUAUAUACACUUGUACUAAACCAUGUAACUAAUAUUUAUAUGCAAUGAAAUUUCAAAAUACUAUAUGCCAUUGUAAAGGCAAAGAUGUAAUUUUAAUUGCGAUACAUUUAUUAAAAAGUAAACUUUAUAAAUUAAAUAUAUUCAAUGUCUAGUAAUGUUUGUCAAAUCUCUUUGUAUAUCGUUCAUUGUCUUAUCAAAUUAAAUAUUUGAUACUCCAGAUGAACAUAGCACUAAGUCUCAUUAUGUAAUCUAUUUAAAUUAAGAGCAAAUUAUAUAUAUUUUGUUUGCGGUAUUUUUUUUUAUUCUCCGUAAUUUUUAAAAGGACUGUUAUGUGCGAUUGGAAUAAUCAAAAAAUAAUAUUUUAGAACAAUGAAUAAUAGAAAGUUCGAAAACAAAUCAACUUAGUGUUGUGUUCCUUUGAGUUUAAAAAUUGUCUUGGAUAAUAUGAAAAUUUAAAAUAAUGUAACAUUAAUCUGUUAAUAUAUCUGAUUGUAAUACGAUAUUUUAAAAAUCACUGUUAACGAUUGAUAUUUUUUUAUAAAAUAUAUAGAAAAAAGGCAUUGGAUAUAAAGAAGUAUUAUGCACAUAGAAAGACCCUAGUCUAUAGGUAAUGUUAUAUCUAGGUUAAAAACUUUGCUCACGCCGCCAACAUUGUUUAUGAUUGUUUAUAUUUGGAUAUUAGUGUUGCCAGUAAGUUUUAUUUAUAUAAAAAUACUUCGUCCAACUUUAUUUUAGACCUGGCAACAUUAUACGAAUGUCUUGAUUAUUUUAAUUGCGCGCUUCCUUAAUUUAAUUAUUUUGUAAUUUAAAUAUUCUGUCAUUUUAAUAAUUUUUUUUUCAUAUUAUUGUAUGAUAGUUUAUUUUUAAGCGUAAUCAUUGAAAAUAUUCAUCUAUUUAAUAGUUUUGUAUAUAAUAAUAGAAUCUAUUCUUAAAAUUAGUCACAUUAGCAUUUAAGUUUCAAAGUUAGUAAAAAUAAACUUGGUAUGUCUGUAUAUGAGUUUGCAACUCAAUAAUCAACUUUUUAUUUGAAUUAAUUCCAAGUUUAUUUUGCAUUUUGUAGUAAAUUCUUAAUUAAAAUGUAAUCCUUAUAAUAAAAUUGCAUAACAUUUAUUCUUACACAAGUAAAUAUAUUUUUUAUAGAAUUAUCAACCUCACUCAUAUCCUUUCCUAUGCCAUAUUAUAUGACCAAACAGCUUCAAUUGUACUGAUUCUAAAUUUAUGAUUGUAAAGUUGAAGACAUUCUAUUUUGUUUUUAGUCUCCUUGUUGGUUAGUUAAGGAUAUGUGUGUUAAAUACACAAUGUUAUUAAUUCUAAUAUAAUAGUCUUCAAUAGAAAAUAUGGAGGUGUCAAUUUAUGUCGAUUCAAAAUAUUCUCAUUAAAUUUAUCAUCCAUUUGUUAAAGAAAUAAUGUUAUUUUUGGACAAUUUUGGCAUAAAGUGACAUCUCAAGUCGUGUAACAGGUAGCUUGCAACAGUGUAUGGUAUGGUAAAUAUAUAGUUGGUAGUUACGGUUACUGCAUUGUUCUUGUCGAUAAAUGUUAACAUUAGGAAGGCAUAUCUGAAAUAAAUGUGUGUAUAUUAAAUAUUAGUUUCAUUUUAA